ACUUCUCCGCACUUCUGUGCGCCAGAUUAAAUCCAGGACUUGCAGGAAGGUUCUGUUGGAUUUGAGCUGAAUUAGUUCAAAUGAUGCCAAACUCUCCUGAGAAAUUGGAUGCGGUCCUUUUGACCCGCAGGGUCAAAGCCCAGAGCCUGUGACACGAAUUUGAUCGGGCUACUCGGCAGGGGAGAUUAUCCGAGCAGAUGUCACCCCUCCUCCGCCACCCCAUCCCGCUCUCCUCUGGGGCCAAUAAUAAACACGCGCACAGGCAGACACGCGGGACGCACACAAAUCUAAAGAGACAGACGUGCGCAUUGCUUUCCCUCCUCUGUUUUCCACCAGGCAGACAGUUCCAACCUACGAACUUGUUUUCCCUCUCCACAGUGUCGGCACUUUGACUCGGUUCUGAUUUACUUCUCACCUUUUGGACCGCGGAUGGACGCUCGCGGAGCCAGGAGAGGACCGACAUGGCUUGUGUGCCAUUUUGUGUUGUUGACUUGUUUCUUGGAUGCGGUCUGGGGACAGAUCCGCUACUCAAUCCCAGAAGAGCAGGAGCACGGGGCUUUUGUCGGGAACAUCGCAGAGGACCUGGGCUUGGAUGUGGACAAGCUCUCCGUGCGCAGGUUCCGGCUAGUUUCUGGCUCCAAGAAACAGUAUGUGGAGGUGAAUUUGGAAAACGGAGUUUUAUUUGUCAACGAGAGGAUUGAUCGAGAGGAACUAUGUGAGCAGAGUUCAUCCUGUUCGUUUCACUUGCAAGUGGUGAUUGAAAACCCUCUGGAGUUGUACAGGGUAGAGAUUGAGAUUUUGGAUGUGAAUGACAACUCCCCCACUUUCCCAUGGACCGAGUUUAAUUUGGACAUAUCUGAGUCUGCAGCGCCAGGUUCGCGUUUCCCACUGGAGAGCGCGCAGGACCUGGAUGUUGGCUCCAACUCGCUGCGCACUUACCUGCUGAGCGUAAACGACCAUUUCUAUUUGGACAUCCAGACGCGCAGCGAUGGCAGCAAAUUCGCAGAGCUGGUCCUCCAAACCCCGCUGGACAGAGAGCAGCAGAGUGCGCAUCAGAUGGUUCUGACGGCGGUGGACGGAGGCGCACCGGAGAGAUCUGGCACGGCGCAAAUCGAUGUCACAGUUUUGGACGCGAACGACAACGCGCCGGUUUUUGAUCAGUCCUUUUACCGAGUGCGGCUGGCCGAAAACGCACCCAAAGGAACUGUCAUUAUCAAACUCAACGCCUCCGACUUGGACGAGGGUCCAAAUGCGGACAUCAUAUACUCAUUCAGCGGCCACGCGCCCAUCAAAGUGCGCCAGCUGUUCAGCGUGGACCCGCACACGGGUGAGAUCAAAGUUAAAGGCGUGAUCGAUUAUGAGAAAGCCCGGAUGCACGAAAUCUACGUUCAGGCCAAAGAUAAAGGUCCGUCCGCUGUGGCGGUUCACUGCAAAGUCCUGGUAAACGUGUUGGACAAGAACGACAACCUCCCAGAGGUGAUUCUGACGUCGGUGUCCACACCUGUGCAGGAGGACGCCCCGCCGGGGACUGUCAUAGCCGUGAUCAGCGUCAUGGACAAGGACUCUGGGGAAAAUGGGAAUGUGGACUGUGAGAUCCCCCAUCACGUCCCGUUUCAGCUCCACUCGUCCUUUAAGAACUACUACACUUUAGUCACUUCAGAUUUUCUGGACAGGGAGACAGUAGCGGAGUACAACAUCACCCUGACGGCCAGAGACAUGGGCUCUCCACCUCUGUUCACCAGGAAAACUAUAAUUGUGCACGUGUCUGACGUGAACGACAACGCGCCCCAUUUCAAACAGCCCUCAUAUUCGGUGUAUCUGACUGAGAAUAACGCACCAGGAGCGUCCGUUUGCUCCGUGACCGCGCUGGAUCCAGACUCCGGCCAGAACGCGUAUCUGUCCUAUUCUAUACAAGAAGGAGACAUACAGGGGAUGCCCGCGUCCACGUAUGUGUCCAUAAACUCGGACAACGGGAACAUUUACGCGCUGCGGUCCUUCGAUCACGAGCAGCUGAAGAACUUUCAGAUCACAGUUCAGGCCCAGGACGCAGGGUUUCCUCCUCUGAAGAGCAACCUGUCAGUGAGCAUCUUCAUUCUGGACCAGAACGACAACGCGCCCGUGAUCGUAUCACCCGUUCCACAGCAGAACGGCACUGCGCCCAGCGAGGCUGUGCCCAGAUCAGCUGAUGCCGGUUACCUCAUCACCAGAGUCAACGCGGCAGACGCAGACGCAGGUCAGAACUCGCGGCUUUUCUAUCAGCUGCUCCAAACCACAGACCCGAGCUUGUUCAGCAUUGCGCUCUACACAGGCGAGAUCAGGACGAUGCGCCAGAUAGAGGACAAAGAGCCCAGCAGGCAUCGGCUGGUCGUUUUGGUCAAGGACAAUGGUCAACCUCCCCUCUCGGCCACAGUUUCCAUCAUCCUGUCAGUGGUUGACAGCCUGCCAGUGCUGCAGCCCGAUCUGGGUGACCUGUCACAAACCCCCCAUCACAGCUCCAACUUCCCAUUCUACUUAAUCGUGGCUCUUGGCGCGAUCUCCUUCACGUCCCUGCUGGCCAUCAUCGUCCUCGUGACAGUGAGGAGGCAGAGGGGCAGAGUGUCCAGCAAAAAGUCCAGCUUCCCCUCCAUCAGCGGGUGUUGCCGCUGCGCUUCCACAACCGAGAUGUCCGCCACCACCACAGAGGUCUUCAAAAAGUCCAACUUGAACGUCCGCAUGUCCUCAGGCGCGCCGGGCGGCGCGGAGCCGAGUGGUGGCGGCGCGCUCCCGCAGGUGUACUGCUACAAAAUGUGCCUGACGCCGGAGUCAUCCAAGAGCGACUUCAUGUUCCUGAAGCCCUGCAGCCAGGUGAUGGCAGUCCAGCAGAACAACGCAAAAAGCACUGAUUACCUCACAUCUGGCUGGAGCGCGCUUGACCGGAGAGAGCUGUUCAACAACAGGGCAACCACCCCAAACGAGCUGAACUAUUCAAACAAGAACCUGACUUGGACCAAGAACCAGCGCAACUCUGCUUACAAAAGAUAUAGUUCAUCAAAUAUGGAGGGAAGUCUGUCCCGGCACCAGAAACGUGAAACGGAUGGUUUUUCCUACUCAGUGGCUCCACAGUACUGGACCUGGGGAAAUCAUGAUUAUAAGAGGCCUCCUCAGGAUGAGGUGGUUCCUGACUACUCAUGGACUCCAAAGUACACCCAGCCUCAGUCUGAGGCAGCAGAUUAUCAACACAACGUGUUCAUUCCCGGCACCACGUCUGGAUACAGCACGCUGAAGCUGACACCCAGAGGAGAGCUGGAUGUUUACAAUACCUUCUCCACAUUUGGGAAGAAAAACAAAUUCAUCUCAAACUAUGAACAGUCCUUUGAUAAUGACGAUUUUAUGAAAAAUUCCGUUUUUAAAUGAAAGGCCAGCAGCUCAUUGUAUUUAGCUGUCUGAGGUAACAUUCAGCACACUGACCUUUACUGGAAACUUUAUUUAGCUUUAUCUAUGGGGUGCCGAUUAAAAAACAAACUGCUACAUUUUGUAUGAUUAAGCUUCUCACAACAAUAAGAACAGGGUCAAAUAACUUUUAAUUACAACAGUUUACCAAAAUAUUCAAACAUAAAUCAAAUUAUUAACUUAAACAAAUAUUUAGAAUCAAAUAUAAUAAUAUGAAGCUACAUCUAAAUAUUUAGAAUCACUUCUAUAUUCAUUAGUUUUAUCUAAAUGUUCAAAUGUGGUAAUUUUUUAAACUAAAUGUUUGGCUAACAGGCUCUGUCCCAAUACUUGCUCUUUUACCCUUGCACCCCUCAAUUACACAUUCCCGUCCAGGGGUGUGAGUACGUUAGGUAUCCUGAUUCUCAAGUGUAGACCUUGACCAUGCCCUCUUUGAACCCUUGAUACACACUUUGCUGAAGUUUGCAUUGAUUUGGACAGCAAUGAAAGGUAUUACCCACAAUUCAUUGUUUCAAUGGAAUUUAGAUAAGAAAGCUGAAAGCAUUUUUACCAAAAAUGAAAGAAGUAAAUUUUAAAAUGAUUAAUGAUAUUUAUCAAUGCUCAGAGUUUCUGAGACUUAAUGUGGACAGCAAUGAAUGCAAAUCAUGUCAUGUCAAAUAGUUUGUUAAUAGCGAUUAAAAAACUUGCAGAAACAUCAACCGGCAUCCUGGCAUGCGUCGCAGUUGAUGACGCAAUGCUGACUGUCCCAGUUUGACAAUCAUUUGCACACUUGUGUACUUUGUACUGGAAGCCUUACUGCACACCUCAUCCAAGUGAACUUUACUGAGGAGCGCAGGGUACAGUGUGAAUAUUGGAACACAGACAAGGAAGUUGCCUAUCAAAAUAAAAUUUCUUCUACUUAUCAUGUCAGAAUCUUUUUAAUGGUAAGACUGUGACUCUUUGCAAACGUAAAUCAAUUGGAAGUGUUUAAGGAGGUCCUUCACUCUUAUUUUUAAUACAUUUACAGUGGUCUCUAGUACUGCGAUGGACUGGCUCUCUGUCCAGGGUGUACCCCGCCUGAUUGCCCAUUGACCGCACCAGGCAGGCACCCUACCUACCCUACGUGGACAAAGCGGGUUCAGACAAUGGAUGGAUGGAUGGAUGGAUGGAUGGAUGGAUGGAUGGAUGGAUGGAUGGUCUCUAGUAGGAAUGAAAGCCUCACAGGCCGUACUCUGGUCAGGUGUUUUAAAUUCUAGAGUUUCACGUUUAUUUAUUUCCUAUCAAAAGCUAAUGCAUGGAAUGUGUAUAGGACACAAUUUUCACAUUCAGCCUGCAUGUUAAAUUCAGAGUUACUGACAAUUUUAAAAAAUAACAGGUAAAAAACUAUUUCUCAAAUAAGGAUCUCUUAAGGUCUGGGUUCUCCCACAUUGAAAAACAAUCUUUUGUUGAAUGAGUCGACACCGUGUAAUCAUCAAAAGGACUCCAAGAUGUUAUACCAUCUCUUCACCAUGCUUUAUGUUGGCAAACUUUAAAUUUACAUUGGUGAAAUAUUGAGGUAAAAAUGCCACUUAUAUUUAGAUUUCAAAUUUGAAAUGCAGCUUUAUAAAUUUAGAUUUGAUUUUAAAUAUUUAGAUGCAUUUUCUAUGUAUAGAUCUACUUCCAGAAACUUUUAUUUAACUUAAUAUAUUUAGAUUUGAUUCAAUUAUUUAUUUUUAAAAUGGUCUGAUACAAAAUGUGGUAAACAAUGUUUUAAACAUUGGAUUGUUUGCAUAAUACUUUUAAAAUUGGUGCCCCAUAUAAUGUGUUGCAUAUAGUUCUGAAUAGUCUGUGAAUCUAAAACUGGGCAUUCCUGAAAUAUUUUAUAAAUAUUCCUCAUGCACUGACUUUGCAUUUACGUUAAAAGGAAAUGACUAAUGUCAGCAGAAACUGCUGUUUCUCUGACAUGUUGACUACAGUGUGCUAAUGUUGAACCUAUCAAAUAUGUAAAUAUUAACAUAAAAAAGGGGUUUUACCCAGUGUAAAUAAAUAAGAUGUAUUCCGCAAAAUGACACAAACUACACAAAUUAUACUGUAAUCUAAUAUUUAUUUUAAAAUGUUACAGUAACUUUACCAUCUUUUCUGCAUGGUUUUUUUUCAUUACUUACUGUAAAUUAUUUACAAAAAGCAUUUUGAUUAGUUGCAUUUACUUUUGUAUGUAAAGCAAGAAAAAGAACACAGUAUUGUUCAAACAGCUUAUUAAGAUUUCUUAUAUCUGACAUAUUUUUUUAAAUGUUUAACAAUGUUUUUCUUCCAAUCAUUCAUUUUAUUAACAGAUAUCCUUUGGAGCAAUUAAACAUUGAAAAGUUAUUUUAACGCCAGCCACGUGUCGAGCACUCUUUGCAAUUACUCUUUGUGUCUUCACUCAUUUAACUUAAUUUAAUUAAAUUUCAUUUGAUUUAAUGACAUUUUAAAUACAUAUUCAGAUUUGGCCCUUUUCCACAUGUUCAAUGACACUGACACAUUAAAAGAAAGACAUGUUUAGGAAUAAAAACACAACUGCAGAUAAUUUUUACUAAAAUGUGUGGCCGUAGAACAAAAUUAGUUUAUUUUUAUUAAGGUUGGUUAGUUGCUGCUAUUUAGACUACUUUAAUUUUAUUACAGUGUUAAUCAUUACUUACGGUGUGUCUUGUCAAUAAAUAACUACAUGGUUUGUUCAAUGAGACUGAGUUUUCUGUAUAUAAAUUGGUUUACGUACAGUAUAGUAUCAAUAAAUCAUCCAACAUUUUA